AUGAUUAAAAGAUUAUUAUUUCGUGGAAGUCGAGACGGAUAUUUUGCUAAAACAUUUCAUACUCAAUGUGAUGGUCAGGGUGCUACAGUAGUUGUCGUGAGAGUAAGUAAAUCGGAUGAGUUAAUAGGAGGCUACAAUCCGAUAGGAUGGUCUUCACCAAGAGAUGUUGAGUGGCGUGGUGAUGGAAAAGAACUAAAUAAAGCAAAACUAAGUAGGAUUAAAGAUGAUUAUGUAAAUGACGCAAUCCAACUUCAUGAUCGACUUGGUCCUUCUUUUGGUUUUUACGAAUUGAAAAUUGUCGACGAUGCUGCGCGAGCUGAAACAAGUUAUGCAUCCGGUGGAUUGAAGUAUGAACAUGCUAUUAGGGAUAAAUGGAAUUAUUUCAGAGUAGAUGAUUAUGAA